AUUAAUAAAAACUGUUUGGCCCAAAUCUCGUCUCCAAUCUCACGCCACCGGCACAAUCGCCCAACCCUCUCGUUACUCUACCCCUUCCUCGCCCAUAUAAAAUCCACCGUCGCCGCCGGAGCUCCGAUCUUUACCACCCAAAAAAUGUCGCUCUCCGAUGAUGAAGACGAGUGCUUCGCUCGGUUCCUCGAAUCAGAAGUCUCAUCGGUAGAUGAUGAAGAAAAAACGAAAGAACCUGAACCAAAACGGCAACGUAUUGAGAAAGACAAAACAAAGGUGGUUGUAGACAAGGAUGUAGAUCAGAAGGAAAAUGGUCACAAUAAAGAUAGAAACGGUGCAAAGAGGAUAGAGAGUGGAGAUUUCACCAAAGUUCCUACUGAGCUGUUUCGCCACAUCUUCAAGUUCUUAUCCUCUGAGGAUCUUCUGUCAUGCUCUUUAGUGUGUAAAUUUCUCAACUUUACCGCCUCUGAUGAAUCCUUAUGGCGUCGCCUGUACUGUAUCCGGUGGGGUCUAAUGCCUUCAACUAGAAUGUUACGUGAAUGUGCUUGGAAGAAGCUUUAUAUCGAUCGUGACGAGAAGGAUAUGAUUGAACUGGUCAGAAGCUGUCCACCGGAUUUUAAAGUGUAUUACGUUCAAAUGCAAGCAGCAAAGCGAAGCCAAGCUCCUCUUCCCUCCGAGAUGGUGGAUGACAGGGUAGUUCUUGACAAAACAGUACUUGACAAAGUAUCUCUGUGGAAGAAAAGCAAGGGACUUACCAAUAAAGCUGUGAUUGGCCACGUUUGUUUGGGAACAAAAUGUGGUUACCAUCAGAUUGACGAUGUGUUCAUAUGCGAAGAGACUGGAAAUGUUCAUGUAUGUGAUGAGAACUGCAAGGAAGUGAUAUUUUGUCCAGACAGUGGGUGUAUGGUGUGUACUAUCUCAGGGCUUUGUUCUGACAGUUUGGUCUUAGAAACCGAUUCAGACACAGAUCAGGAAGAAGCUGAACUAGAAGCUGAAAUAUUAACAGAAAAGGGCCGUUUUGAUAGAGCUUUUGAAUUUGGAUAUAACUGCGAGAGUGAGCAGGAAUUAGAACGCACCUUUGGGUUCUGCUGAUCAAAAGUCUCAGCCUUCACGGUAGCACAUGUAUGGGGAGUGUAAUGGAUCAAAAGUAGCUCUUGUGUUGAGUAGUCUUUAUACUUUGUAUUUGUAAGUUAUGCAGAGCUUUUCUGUAAUUUUACUCGAUUGCCGCUUGAAAAGUGUUUACAUGUGGUAAUUAAGUUCCAAGCAAA